AUGGAUGCAGCUCGGUUAGAGUCGCUAGGACACAAGCAAGAGCUAGUCCGAAAUUUCGAUCUCUUCAGCUUAGCUAGCUUAGGGAUUACCAUUGCGAACUCCUGGGCCUCAACAGGAGGUACUAUCGUUACGGCUCUGCAGAAUGGGGGCCCGAUGGCAGUUCUAUAUGGUCUUAUUCUUGUCAGUAUCUUUUACACGCUGAUCUCCGCUUCUCUCUCUGAGCUUGCCUCGUCCAUGCCAUCCGCUGCAGGAGUUUACUACUGGUCAUCUGUGUUGAGCCAGAAACACGGACGAAUUGCUGGAUUUUUUACAGCCUACCUCAAUGCCUGUGCCUGGCUGCUUUCCGCAUCGUCUAUCAGCUCAAUGCUGGGAAAUGAGGUCGUGGCUAUGUAUAUGCUCCAAAAUCCGGGAAUGAAAUGGCAUACAUGGCAAGUUUUCGUUGUUUUUCAGCUAGUCAAUUGGGUCUGUUGUGGGAUCGUCUGUCUCGGAAAUCGUUUCAUCCCCCUGAUAAACCGACUUGCCUUGAUCUUUUCAAUGUGCGGAUUAGUUGUGACUAUUUCCGUCCUCGCGAUUAUGCCAAAGAAGCAUGCAAGCGGUUCUGAAGUGUGGACCAAAUUUAACAACACAGGAAGCUGGCCGGAUGGUGUCAGCUUUAUGACUGGACUCCUGAAUGGGGCAUUUGCAGUUGGAGUUCCUGACUGUAUCAGCCACUUAUCUGAAGAAGUUCCAAGACCCGAAAUCAAGGUCCCCCAGGGCAUCAUGCUUCAGAUGCUCACGGCAUUCACCACAGCAUUCGUAUAUCUAAUAGCCUUAUUUUACUCCAUUCAAGACCUCGAUGCCGUCUUCCACAGCGAAAUCGCCGUCUUUCCAACGGCCGAGAUCUAUAGGCAAGCCACAGGUUCUGACACAGGUGCAAUUGGGCUGAUUGCUGUCCUCCUCCUCGCCACCUUUCCAACUUUAAUCGGAACCUUGGUCACAGGAGGUCGUAUGUGGUGGAGCCUUGCCAGGGACAAUGCAACCCCGUUCGCCUCUUAUUUCAGCGGAGUCAAUCCAAAACUCAACACUCCUGUCCGUGCAACCAUAGCCGUGAGCACCAUGGUAACUUGUCUGGGCUGUAUCUACAUUGGAAGUACCACCGCAUUCCAAGCUUUAAUAUCGUCUUAUAUCGUUCUGAGCACAUUAUCCUACCUCGGGGCUAUUCUACCGCAUGUACUGACUGGUCGCAAGAAUAUCCUCCCAGGCCCAUUUUAUCUUAAAAAACGGCUCGGAUUUAUUGUGAACGUUGCUUCUCUGUUGUAUAUUAUUGUAACGGUGGUUUUCUUCUGUUUUCCUCUUGUUAUUCCAGCUACGGCACAUAACAUGAACUAUACCGGCGUUAUUGUUGCAGGUUUAAUGGCUAUGACGGCAGUAUGGUGGGCCUUUCGGGGAAGGCAUGACUACAGGGGACCUCGAUAUAAUGUUGAGGCUGCUCGACGUCUAGACUUUGCACAAAAUGAGCUUGUGGGGCGUAAAUAG